UACUGAUAAUGGGAGGCCACUGAGAGGUCGGUGUUUUCUGAAUUUUAUUUAAAUCAGUAACAAUGAAAAAAUGGUGGAAUUGGAUUCUUGUUUUGGCAUUAGUGAGUUUGUUAUUCGUUGCUAUUCCUCUUACUUAUUCAAAUACCAAAACAAAGGAGAAACUUCGACCAAUAUUCGACAGUUAUAUAGAAAAGUUUAACAAAUCGUAUAAAAAUAAUCUCACCGAAUAUGAAAAAAGACUUGAACAUUUUUGUGUUUCGGUUGAAGAAAUAGACGCGUUAAAUUCAGCAUCUAAAGGCCCCGAACACUUAAGAGCUAAGUAUGGCCUUACAAAGUUAUCGGAUCUGUCUAAAGACGAGUUUCAAGAAAUACAUCUAUCAGAUGAGAAACCACACCAUAACAGAAAUCAUAGGAGGAAUUGGAGUAAAGAUCAAUCAGAUAAAAGUGGCAUGGAUGAUAAAGACCAAUAUACCAUAACAGAUCACCAUUAUAGUGAUGAAAAACACAAAACCUAUGAUAAGAAUAUUCUUAUAAGAAAACAACGAGCUGCUAUUCCGCUUCGUGUUGAUUGGAGAGAAAAGGGCGUAAUAGGUCCAGUCAGGGAUCAAGGUCUUUGCGGUGCAUGCUGGGCGUUCAGUACCGUUGGCACCAUGGAAGCUAUGGCUGCUAUUGAUACGGGAAAGCUGACCACGCUCAGUGUUCAGGAAGUAAUCGACUGCGCCGGUCUCGGCAACAGCGGAUGUCUGGGCGGCGACAUAUGUCUCUUGCUUGACUGGCUUACGAUAACUGACACCGCAAUUCAACCAGACAAUGAAUAUCCCUUGAAGCUGACCGAUGGCGUCUGCCAAAAGAAAGCCAACGCGACCGGCGUCCGUGUUAAGUCAUUCACUUGUGACGACUUGAUCGGGUCAGAGGAGAAGAUCCUGCAGCUGAUAGCGACCCACGGCCCGGUGUCGGUCGCGGUCAACGCGCUCACCUGGCAGAAUUAUCUCGGUGGAGUUAUUCAGUUCCAUUGCAGUGGCAGCCCCAAGGAUCUCAAUCAUGCCGUGGAGUUGGUGGGUUACGAUAUUAGUGCUGAUGUUCCUUAUUAUAUCGCGAAAAAUUCUUGGGGGAAAAUGUUCGGAACCGACGGUUACAUACUAUUGGCAAUUGGCAACAACAUUUGCGGGCUCGCCAACGAAGUUGCCAGUAUCGAUAUUAAGCCGUAAUUUAUGAUUGGUGUUCGUAAUUAUGUUGCCAGUAAAAACUUGUGCCUUUAUAUUUGAUAAUGAAAUGAUAUUUUUAUAUUUAAAUAAGAUAUGGGACCAAUUUACCUCGAAAGUGGGUUUUUUUUUGUAGUCCUAUGUAAUGGAAAUAUUCGAAUAGUUAUGAAGUAAAUCAUCCAGGUUUAACUUUUAAGUUGGAUCAUAUUACAUUGUAUACUUAGGUCGAUCUGUUGAAUAUCUAUAUAUAUAAAACAGUGAAGCUGUAACAAGGUCUGUUAUUAAAACCUUUUUGGAAUAACCCGAAAUACAAUUUAAGAUAUUAUCUGUGUAAUUUGUUAAUCUCAAUUAAUGUAUCUAAUGGUUUUUUUUCGUCUAGUGAUAUUAAACAGUUAUCAGGGUAAAUCGAAUUCAUGUCCAAAUACAUUGUGACAAGCUCAAACGCAUUGCCGUUUACAUUCGAAUCUAAUUAUAAAUGUGCCGUCCUUUGAUAUACAAUAUUGUUAAUGGUUUGUAAUGUAUUAUCGAUGUUUAUAAUAAGGUUUUCUAGGAUAUUAUGUAAACAAAAAGACUCAUUUAUAAAGUUUUAGAUAUACAUAGAUAUAAUUAAGCAAACAGCUCAUACUACUGUAAGCUAACUUUUGAAGUACUUCAGAACAAAUCUUGCCAUUAUAUAGUUUUAAUUUUAUCCAUUUUUUUUUCAUAUAUAUAAUUUAUAACCUUUUAUGUAUAUACCGUUAUAUAUAGAGUAAAAAUUUUAUUAAAAAAAAGAAAUGUCAGUUUUAUGGAUUGUAGAAGUCAAUGUCGAGAAAUAUAAUAUGAGUAUAGGAUGGAGUUGCUGUCUGUGUGUCCGAAAUGCAGCGUUGUUAACACCAAUAACCCCAGCCCGCAACACCCCGCUUUCGUCUCACGAAUGCUGACCGGUUGCCUGAUGAUAUAAAAAAGUACGUAAUAUAUGGCCAAGAUUAACGGUGUUCGGUCAAACAGUGCCGAUAUUUAGUAACCUGGAACAGAUAUAUCCAUUUCAUUUUAUCACAUGCAAAGAAAUGAGAAGCGGGAAGUGACGUCAACUCCAACUGACAUUUUGUUUAUCAAAUGUGCAGUGAUAGGCUAUUAUAUGAUUGGCAUCAUCGUAGCUGUCUAGUGCUUUAACACAUUUCGGCAGGCCGUUCGCAGCGCCUUGUCCGCAAUUGCAUGCCAAAAAAUGCCAUUCCAUUUAAUAUAUUUGAGCACACGAUAAAAAGCUGGCAAUCCAUUAUCUUUUUUGUGUCAUUCAAGACUGUUGUAAUUCUACUCGUAUUAUUUUGUUUAUAUUUCAUUUUAUAUUUUCGUUUAAUCUAUUUUAUUUAAUUAAUUGAUUUAAACAAUUGUACUUUAUUAUAUGUUACUAUUUUUUUUUAAUUAUUUACAUAAGCAUACAAUACUAUGUCUACAAAAUUUAUAUGGUUAAUUAUUAAAUGUAAAAUGCUGAAUUAUGUGCCUUUUAUAUACAAUUUCUUUAUAUUAAUAAGCG